AGUGUCUGAGUGCCCUCUUGGCUCACCUGCUUUGGCUUGGUAACUGAGGGGUUUAAUAUUGAUUUUUAUAGAACUGAUAAGGUGUGUUAGAACAGGAUGUUGUUUUGGCCUUCCCUGGAUCUUUCCUCCCCAGCUGUCAAGAAGGUUGAUGUGUCCUGGCCUUGAUAGCUGUACAUUCCACAAGACAGUCUGAACAAGGUGACAUACAAAUGGCUGAGCUAUACACUAGGGGUUCAUGUUAACCAGGCCAAACAGAUGCUAUACGAUUAUGUUGAAAGGAAGAGAAAGGAGAAUUCAGGAGCCCAACUGCAUGUAACCUAUUUAGUGUCUGGCAGUCUCAUUCAGAAUGGACAUUCCUGCCACAAGGUUGCGGUAGUGAGAGAAGAUAAAUUGGAAGCAGUGAAGUCCAAGCUAGCUGUGACUGCCAGCAUCCAUGUGUACAGCAUCCAGAAAGCCAUGCUAAAGGACAGUGGGCCUCUGUUCAAUACCGACUAUGACAUCCUUAAAAGCAACUUGCAGAACUGCAGCAAAUUUAGUGCCAUACAGUGUGCAGCUGCAGUGCCCAGAGCUCCUGCUGAAUCCUCAUCUUCUGAAAAGUUUGAGCAGUCAAAUCUUCAAGUACAAAGUGAGACACCAGCCAAUCAUGAGUUGACAACCAAUGGUCACAGUCCACCUACCUCCAAACAGAUUUUACAGCAGCCCAAAGGAAUAAUGGGAAUGUUUGCCUCUAAAGCUGUUUCUAAAACCCAAGAUGUCAACAAAGAAACCAAAACAGAGACUAAAGAGGUAACAAAUGUAUCUUCUGUAGGCAACAAGGCACCAGGAAAAGGGAAUGUGAUGAGCAAUUUUUUUGGAAAAGCUGCUAUGAAUAAACUUAAAGUCAAUUUGGAUUCAGAACAAGCAGUUAAAGAAGAAAAAAUAGUGGAGCAACCUCCAGUGUCUGUCACUGAACCAAAGCUGGCAGUCCCUACAGGCCUGAAGAAAUCCAGCAAAAAAGCAGAGCCUGUUAAGAUGCAGCAGAAGGAAAAAAAAAGUAACAGGGGGAAGCGAGUGGAGUUAUCUGAUGAUGAAACAAAAGAAACUGAAAAUAUGAAGAAAAAGAGGAGAAGAAUCAAACUUCCUGAGUCUGAUAGCAGUGAAGAUGAAGUUAUAGCAGAUUCUCCUGGGGAUUAUGAAGCUGAGUCACCAUCCCCACCUCCUCCUCCUUCUCCACCUCCUGAACCAGUGCCAAAGACUGAGCCAGAGCCUCCUUCCGUCAAGAGCUCAAGUGGAGAAAAAAGAAAACGAAAACGGGUGCUGAAAUCAAAAACCUUUGUGGAUGAGGAAGGCUGCAUAGUGACUGAAAAAGUCUAUGAGAGUGAAUCCUGCACAGAUAGUGAAGAAGAACUUAAGAUGAAGACCUCCUCCAUACACAGACCCUCCACUAUGACUGUGAAAAAAGAACCCAAAGAAGAACGAAAGGGCCCAAAGAAAGGGACUGCUGCUCUGGGCAAAGCCAACAGACAAGUAUCCAUCACCGGCUUCUUCCAGAGGAAGUGAACAGCCAUCUCUGUUAGUUCUGAGGUGUGGAGUGGUCAAGGGAGAAGACCAAGGCAGAGUCUCACUUACUGUGUAAGUUCAUCCUGUGCCUCACCUUGCCUGUAUCAAAAGACUUCUUCCAUCCUGUGAGCUUUACACUGUUUCUGGUUUUAACCAAAGGGAAAGCACCUGGAAGCAAGAGGCAAAAAGAAUAUUUGAGAAGCUGUUAUGUGUUCUAAGGACAUUUUUUUAAGCACAAUCUUUGACCUGUUCUGGAGAAGAAUUCACUCCAAAAAUAAAUUAUAACAGGUUUCAGAAUUAUCA